UUGAGGGUUCUGUGAAAGAAAGUAAGAAACAUGGCGGCCAAUUGUGGGAGAAGAACCCUACAACUGACUUCUGCUUCAGCUAAAACCCUUCUCAGCCGCUCACCGUCCGCUUCAACGGCGAGUAAAUUUACCGGACUAGCUUCUCCCAUUAAGAAGACCACUGCUUCUCGCUUGUCAUCUCUUCACAAGCGCACCUACUCCAGGCUUCCAGUGGAGCUGGGUGGGGCUCUGUCUUUGAUGCCAUUACAUAGUGUUACUGCCUCUGCCUUGUUCACUUCGUUACUGUCUUUGAACAAUCAAAAUUGGGGUUGUCUCUCUGAAGGAUUUGCAACGACUCUUUAGCAAGGCUUAUGAGCUCUUGCCAGGCAGAUUAUCAUCGUCACAAGAGAAGGUUUCAAUGCAUGUUUUAGUUCCAACU